AUGAGCACCCCUAACCGAGGCAGGCCUUUUACGGAUGUGUCGCGAAGGGCCCCUCUAGAUACAGGGAGGCUGCGGUCUGCCCGACCACCGACGCAAGCGGCUGAAGAGGAACGGAAUUCUGAAGAAUAUCUCACGCAGAUGGAAGAAGACUGGAACAAGCGAGUCGACACGGAGAUCGACACACUUGUGUCUGACAUGGUUACCUUGGCUGAGAUUGCUUCGAUUGAAGAUAAAGAUAGGCUCCGAGCUUCCCAAGAAGCGUUUCAGACUAUAUGUCGGGCAGAGUCGAUGGUAUCCGCAGCUUCAUCUUUGUUAUCGAUCACGCAUUCGCUUAAGCUGCUGUUCUUGCUUGCAGACGAGCAAGAAAUUGCAAACCGACGGGCCCAAGAGAUGGUUGUGGUUCGGGAACAAAUAGCUGAAGCUCAAGAGUGGACCAUUAAAGGAUGGGAGACGCUGUUGUCCUCGGGAAGCAACUCUUAA